AUGAGCGAAGGCUCGAACUAUAGCCUGCCGCCGCAAACCCCUUCGGGACAGAAAAAGUUCAACUUCGGACAAGCAUGGGCGGACGAUGCGUACGUUUACGGCGCAGAGCGCCCUGGGUACAUGCAUCCGAGGCGGGAUCAGCCGUCGACUCCGCGAGGCCCAGACGUGAGCGACAAGCAAGUUCAGGAAUGGAUCAACUUCAUGCUCAUCAACGACAUCAAGCACGUGUUGUGUCUCUUGACGAGGGAAGAGUUGCGCUUCUACUCGACCCCGCUACUCCCAGCAUAUGAGAAAGCGUUUACAACUGUGACCCACGUCGAUUUGGCAGGCGACUGGCGUUUAUCUGGCUUACUUGCGAGUCUCACGCAAGCCACCGCGGCAAAAGAACGCAUUGUCGUGCACUGCACCACUGGACAAACACGCGCGGCCAACGUCCUCGCCAUGUGGCUCCAUCGAACUCACGCCGUCGGCAUCGACGACGCCAUCCACCACGUCCUCGAAACCGCCUCCCUCACGGGCACCAUGCGGAAUCCGACGGCCGACGGCGUCCUGCGGCUGCUUCGCAACGUCCCAGCGACACCGCUGUCGUCGGCGCGAUCCCUUCCACCUCCACCAGUGUCACUCACCAGUCUUCCAAGGACCUCCUUCUCCUCAAUGCCGGCAGCCGCCACCGCUAUCCCAGCAACGCCCGCUUCGACCGACCCCCCUGAUAUUUGCUUCGUGCACCUCGGCGGCUGCAUCGAUGCCACGCUUUCUCGUUUCGUGUCGAACUUUCACCUGGACGUCGGCCCGCCGGUCGCCUGUGCGUCGAUUUUAAGUGCUGCUGGAAGCCCCGCCGCCUUGGACUCCAUUUCCAUUUGCCGCAAAGGUCACGACGUCACAACCGCAGAUUUAGACGCAGUGGUCGCCGCCCUGAAUACUACUCGCGCGACGCUCGUGGUGAUCACCAUGGACGUCUCCGUGCUGUGGACCACCGCGGCCCACCUCCAGCCGCGGCGACGGCACACGCAGACUAUCGUAUGCACCGGGGCACGCGUACCCGCCUGCAUCCCAUCGGCGUCCGACGCUGCAUUCAACCUUGGCUGUUCCCUCGGCGCCAUUCGGUGGAUUCCACCUGGAGUGUACGUGAGCUUGAACGGCCGAGUCGUGCCAGUUCAAGAUGACGUGGCAUCACCACAAGCCUGUGACUUAAUGAGCAAGUGA